AUGUAUUCCAGGAAGAUUAUUCUUGCAGCCCUUUUUGGUUUGGUAACAGCUGCACCCAAACCUCAACGCAUCAACAUCAGUGCUCUAAAAGAGCUGUCCACCCCAUCGGUGCUUGGCCCAGACCUAGCUGCAAUUUCUGCUACGGCAUCAUCCUACGAUCCUUCAAAGGCUGCCAGUGCUGCAGCUGCAGCUAUCGCGACUGACCCAGUCACUGUACAGAAACGCACUGUUGAUAUACAUUAUGCCAAAAGAGCAGCAUGUGAGAGAGAACCAGGAGGCACCGGACCCAUCCCAGGCGACGGAACAGUGAAUGACUAUCUCGCUAUAGACGGCCCACUUGCCCGAGCAGCUCUAAAUGCCCCUACUCCAAGUGGAUACACUAAGUCAUUCACGAAUCUGCAUGGAAGCACUCAGCAGAUUGGUUACCUCACUUUCUUCACCAUGCCCGGGACCGACUACGACGUUGAGGGUUGCGCUGCCCGGUGCAACUCUGACUCGUAUUGCUAUGCGUUCAAUAUUUACUAUGAACGUGACCCUGCUGUUGAUCCUAGUAUUGAUUGCCCGAACCCUGCCCCCGCGACCAAUAUCAAGUGCUCCCUUUAUGGAUACCCAGUCACAGCUGGAACUGCUACCAAUACUGGACAGUACCGCGGGCCUCCUGAUGCCAACGGCCAGGCCUUCCACGUAGUCAUUGCAGGGAGCAACGGAUACACUAAACUUACCGCAACUCCUGUACCCGAUCCAUUGGCAAACUUCACUGGCCCUUCUGAACUUCUCAGAGGAGCGAUUGACGCCCCGCUUGACAAUGGAGUCGAUACCUAUCUCGGCAUGAGGCUUUACAAUGACGGCCCGUAUGAUCCAACGCAGUGUGCUGCUAUUUGCGAGGCUCAGAACGCUUACAAUCGUGCGACUGCUAAUAAUGCAACUGGUACUUAUAAGCCGUGCAACUUUUUCAACAGCUACAUACUAGUUAAGAAUGAAGUACCGCAGGGAACGUAUUGCGGUUUUUAUACUAGAACAUGGGGGAAUGAGUACGCUGAUAAUGUUGGAUACCAAGACGGAGAGGACGUGUACACCAUCGAGGAGAGUUACACAUUUUUCAGAACAGUCCCUGAUUCGGGUCGGCUUUAG